AAUGUUAAAUAAGGUAGUGUUGGAUUCUUAUUCAUAUUGACAAAAAAUGAUGUCAGUAGAAUAAAUGGGUUAACCUACUUAACUAGAUUGGAAUCACUUGUUCACAGCAGCUGUGUUUUUAUAUACCCACUUCUGUGCCUAAACAGCUCGUCACCUUAGCUGCCUUUGAGUACCUAGAAAUUUCUGAGAAUGGGAAGCAACCUCAAUCAGCUUCUGUAUUUUCUGUGGUCAGAAUCAAAUCUGAAAGCCACAGACAUAGCACUGGCGUUCUUGGGCUUCAUGCUUUUCCAUUUCUUUGUGCAGAGAAAAAAGAAAGGGCCGCCAAAUUGGCCUUUGCUGGGCAUGCUACCCUCUUUAGUUCUUCACAUAAAUGAAAUCCACGACUGGAUCACGCGAAUCUUAAAAGACUCUGGAGGAACAUUUUAUUUCGAGGGGCUGGCCAUGAGCAGCAUGACCACCGUAGCGACAGCGAAUCCCCUCAAUUUGGAACAUGUUCUGAACAUCAGAUUCAACAAUUAUCCAAAGGGGCGCUAUUUCCGGGCUGUGGGGCACGACUUUCUUGGCGACGGCAUCUUCAACGCUGACGGCGAUAUGUGGAAAGCGCAGAGGAAAACUGCCAACAUAGUGUUCAACACGCCCUCGUUCAGGGCAAAAAUGGCCAAGUCAGUGGAAGAGCUGGUGCAGAACCCGCUGGUGCCCCUUCUCGAAGAAUCUGCACGGUCCGGUGACCCAAUUGAUCUGCAGGACGUGCUCCUUCGCUUCACCUUUGAUAAUGUGUGCAUGGUAACCCUAGGAGUCAACCCGGGCUGUUUGGCGGGCGGAGGAGCAGAAGCCAGGGAAUUCGCCCGAGCUUUUGAGGACGCCACGGAGGUCACCAUGUUGAGGUUUGUUAUACCCCCUGUAGUCUGGAGGCUCAUGCGGAUUUUCCAGUUGGGACCCGAGAGAAAGCUCCGCAGGUCUUUGGCUACCGUCAAUGGGUUUAUGGACAAGAUAAUCGGGUCUCGAACUGGGAACUCCGGGGCCGGGGCCGGGACCGGGACUGACCUUCUGUCGGCCUUCAUGAAGGUCAAGACGGAGAACGGUGACCGGCUUUACACAGACGAAAAGCUGCGGGAAAUCACGGUUAAUUUCAUUCUGGCCGGACGGGACACCUCGUCUGUGGCGCUCUCCUGGUUUUUCUGGCUGCUGCUCCGCAACCCGCGGGUCGAAGAUCGCAUCUUGGCGGAGAUUCGGUCCGUCUUGUCGAAAAGAUCCUCGACUGAUCUACUUAACCAUGACAAGACUCAAGGAUCAAACAUUUCAGUGAAUACUGGGGACCUGAAUUUUACGGUAGACGAACUGAAGCAGAUGCAUUAUUUGCAGGCGGCGCUGUCCGAGUCCCUGCGACUGUUCCCCUCCGUUCCGUUCGACUUCAAGGAAGUGGACUCUGACGACUGGCUGCCCGACGGGAGUUAUUUAAGAAAGGGAUUCAUUCUGAUAUAUUCGAUAUAUGGGAUGGGAAGAAUGGAGAGCAUAUGGGGAAAGGACUGCAUGGAAUUUAAGCCGGAGAGGUGGCUGGACGCGGGUGGGAACUUCGUCAGCGAGUCGGCAUAUAAAUACCCGGUGUUUAAUGGUGGGCCGAGGCUUUGCCUAGGAAAGGACUUUGCUUACUACCAGAUGAAAUGGAUCGCCGCGACUAUCAUUUGGGGAUUGAAGAUGAAGAUGGUGGCAGGACAUGUUGUGGAACCCAAAUUGGCUCUCACUCUCUACAUGAAAAAUGGGCUGUUGGUCACGUUGCAGCCAAGGGAUCCCUUUGGACUGUAAACUUUCAGUAAAGCAAAAUAUUUAGUUUUAUAUUGGUAUAAGUCAUCUAUAGAUUCAUAUAUAGACUACCCGAUAUUGUUGAUUAUAAAAGAAGCUUUAUUUCUUUCUUAUAAUCCCAAAAACAUGCAUAUCAAUAUGACACAAAUUAUGUAUUUACCAU